UGUCCCAAAGAGAAAAUGUCAAGCCAGAAAGACAUGGAUGACUGUUCCAAAUGUCCAGAAGACCAAUAUCCAAACAAGGACCAGGAUUCAUGUCUUCUAAAAAGAAUAUCAUUCUUAUCCUAUGAGGAACCAAUGGGACUAAGUCUAGUCAUUCUGACAAUUUUCUUUGUUCUUUGCACAACUUUGGUACUCGCAACAUUUCUGAAAUAUCACCACACUCCCAUUGUCAAGGCCAAUAACCGAAACCUCACUUACAUUCUACUCAUCUCCCUCCUCCUCUGCUUCCUUUGCUCAAUGCAAUUCCUUUUUGCACCAGGCAAUAUAAUAUGUCUCCUCAGACAAAUUAGCUUUGGCAUCAUCUUCUCAGUGGCUGUGUCUUCUGUGCUGGCAAAAACUAUUAUUGUAGUUCUGGCUUUCAUGGCCACCAAGCCAGGAUCAAAGAUGAGGAACUGGGUGGGAAGAGGACUGGCCACCUCCAUUGUUGUUUCUGGUUCCCUGAUUCAAGUAGGCAUCUGUACAGUGUGGCUAUUCACAUUUCCGCCUUUCCCUAACAUUGAUACCUAUUCUGAAAUGGAGGAAAUCAUUCUACAGUGUAAUGAAGGCUCAGCUGUUAUGUUUUACUGUGUCCUAGGCUACAUGGGCUUUCUGGCAGCUGCAAGUUUCACAGUAGCUUUUUUCUCCAGGAAUCUCCCCAGCAGUUUCAAUGAGGCCAAAUGCCUUACAUUCAGCAUGCUGAUCUUCUGCACUGUGUGGAUCUCUUAUGUUCCAUCCUACCUGAGCACCAAAGGCAAAUUCAUGGUGGCUGUGGAGGUUUUCUCCAUUUUGGCCUCCAGUGCAGGAUUGCUUGUAUGCAUAUAUUUUCCCAAAUGUUACAUAAUUAUUUGUAGACCAGAGCUAAAUAACAGGGAGCAACUUAUUAAGAGAAGAAACUUGUGA